AAAAGGAGCGGAGCGGGGGACUCCCCACACGUCUAGCCGAGGUCGGGUGCCGCGCCCCAGGGCCAGGAGGUGCUCGGACUCCAGCAGGCCCGACCGCCAUGACGGGUCCUUCAGUCACCAGGCCCGCACAGUCGCCCGCGAUUGGCCGCCCCCUGUGCGCGUGACCCCGAGCGCUGUCCGGAGAAGGCCCUCCCUCUAUAGAGCAGAGCUGGUGCAGAACGAUGACCAAGAUAGGUUCUCGACGUGCUCCUCCGCCGAGUCCUUGGCGGCGACCCCGACACGCCCCCGCCUGAGGCCUGCAACUCAAGAGUCUUGCUUUAGUACUUAUGACUUAUGUACCACCGAUAACAGUCGCUUUUUUACUGUGGGAAAUGAUGAUAAUGAUAAUAAACAAUAUAGAACUUUCCACAGAGAGUUUGGUAUGGACCUUGAGGGUAAGGCAGCUCGGGGUUUGGAUUCCCGAGGGAGAACUGCAGGUGGUCAUGAGGCCUGGAGAGAGCCCGGCGCAUGGGAAGCCUCGGUGCAUGAGACGAGGGAAGGCAAAUCCAAAGGCCUAGCGACCGGAAGUGAAAGUGGGGCAACUAAACAGUAUAUCAAAGGUGCAUGUGGACCAAUUGAUAAACAGUCUAGUAUUUUAAGUGGCCAUAGUGGUGAUGGUGUAAGUAAACGGACCAGUAAUAUACACAACAUUCUUGGUGCAUCUUCUAAUAAAAAAUCUGUGAGUGGGGCAACUAACAAACAUAGUGUACAUAGACUUACUAAUCAAAUUUACGGUGGGACUACUAACAAACCGUCUGACUUAUUAUAUAGUCCAAGGAAUAAAGAGUCGGAUGUUGCAUGUGUAGUUCAUAAGGACGACUUUAAACAGGAAUUAUCAGAUAAGUUAUCUUCAGUAAACAGGAAUAUAUGUGAGAGUACUUAUGAGUUUGGACGACUUGGAGAUGAUGGAGCGAGCAAGGGAUCCUUAGGACAGGAUUCUGUAUCCUCGGGACCUUUGUCAUUGGUGCCUUGGCAAGGGUCAUCGGAGUGCCUUCUUGAUGAUCCCCAUACAGGAAUGGAAAAGGGAAGGAAAGAAGAAGGGGGAGGAAGAGGAGGAGAAGGAGAAGGAGAAGUAAGCGCUUCUCUCUCGCUCCCAGACCUUCCUAAAGACACCAUGUUGGAUCGUGUCCUUCGCUGCUUCGACGCUCUCCACAUCGCUCACUCGCAGAUCACCCUUCGCCACGAGAAUCAAGAUGGAGGGAAAGGAGUCGUAUUGUAUAAAGACAACCUUGAAUCUGUGGACUCCGAACUCUGGAAGCACCGCUUUGGCAUCGAGGACUCCAGACAUAACCUCUUCUUCAGGGACUUCUCGCUGGAGGAGAGAGAAUUUCCAGAGUCGUCAGCUGGAAGUGUUUCCUCGGCAGCAGACCAAGAGCGAAUACACGUCGAUCUGCUAAACUGUUCCCUAGAGGUGCAAGAGUCGUCCCUUUGCAGGUCGUCAGAAGCCUUCAACCGGACCAGCCACGCGGAAGCCUCCUCCACGUCGUCCUCCCCGACGCCUGUCACUGAGGUCAUCAUCACGCCUCCCGAGGGAUUCCGCUGUGACCCCGACCUUUCGCUGAGCGACGAGGAGAGCAGCGAUUCGCUAGGGAAGCCACUUGCAGAACAGGGUGAAAACUUGUCGGUAAGCCAGACUGAGAUAGCUGAGAAUCCCGAAAAUAUCGGCACAGCAGUUCCACACACACCAAACAAUGUGGACGAUACACUGCAUAGUCAAAUUAACGAGCGUGAAAACCUUAAAGGAACUGAGCCACCGACACAAACGCAAGCACAAGAAAUUGUAUUUGAAGCAGCCGGACCUUCAGAAAACAUGGUUCCCUUCCGCCUGAUAACAGAGAGAGAAUACCAGUAUCAUCUAAAGAUAAAAAGGAAAGAAUCGGUUAGUGAAGCAGGUGAGUCGGAGAUAUGCAAGGAGCCACCCAGCGAGAACAUACAGAAACAAGAAUGCGGGAAGAACGAGACUCUCCUCGAGGGUGAAAACGGGUCUCCAAGGCGUCUCUCAAACACAGAACGACCUUCCCGAGUGGCAUAUCUUAAAGGUCUCCUAUUUGGGGGCCCAGAAAAUCAACCGGACACAUCCGCCUCAGUUACAAAGAGCAAAGACAAAGGAUCUGAUACCAAAAAACCUUUACAACCAAAAUUAUCCUUUGUUGACGCACACGACUUAUAUAGCAGUAAAGAUAACGGAAGUAAUGUAUCAAAAGAUGCACAUUCAGUAUUUGAAGAGUCACAUAGCAUACAUGACCAAUUAAUUCGUUCAAAAAUGUGUGAGAAAAUUCGAACUUCUAGUAACUCGGAAGGUAUCGAAAGAAAAUCAUCUGUGUCCACUCAAGCCUCGACAGGAACACACGUUGAAAGUGACUAUAGCAGCAGCAGCACAGGUACUCCCCCGCCUGUAAACUUCACUACGCAUCCUCUUUCUUCCACAAGUUCUAAAGAAAACCUCCUGGACGAGGGUAAUUCGGACAGCAAAGAAGUUCCUUUGACGGUAAAUGAGGAGAUUGUUGGCGACUCAGCUGUUUGUAGUAGUCCCCCUGAAACCCAAGAGAACCGUUUUCUUUCAACUCAAAAUGAGUCCCGUUUUCCUUUACACAAAAUGUACCCAGACUCUGAUAGUGAGAGCGAUGAGGAAGAAGAAGAAGAAGCAGAUAUUAAAACAAAAGCUAACGUUGAACUUUCCGCCAUGUCCUUAGAAUCCGAGAAGAGUGAAGAGCUCGAAUUAUUUAUAAACAACCCCGAGUCGAUGAUCGUGGGAAAAGUAUGCAUCUCGGAAGAGGACCCAGUCUUCGAAGUGGAGGAAGACGCCAAUGCGGAGGCUACGGAAGGAGAAGGUGACGAGGCAAGCGAAUUGAUCGUAUUCAGACUUCAUGUUUCGGAACCGUCGGCCCACACUCCCUCUCCGAGUCCUCCCUUGAGAGAUGGCUGGGGAGUGGACGCAGGACCUACCGUCUCCGAGGAGCUCCUUAGCCUUGAAGGAGAACAGUUUGUGGAGCUCUUACCCACGCUGGUACAGAACGAGCUCCCGACAGUCUCUGCACAGGCGACCGGAGACCACGCGGACGACACAACGCCCAUGGUCAAAGUUCCCUACGUCCUGAUCUCGGAGGACGUGAGGCAGAGCUACGAGACGACCGUGACCCGAGCUGACCUCGACUCGUGUGAGAGAUGGGUGGUGGAGUCGCGCUCAGAGGCGCCGGUUUCGCGCAUGUACGCCGGCGCGACAGACUCCUCUCCCUCCUCCCUCUCUGCCGACGGCGCAGACAGCGACGAGGAGCUCGAGAUUUUCCACACCACAGAGUCCACUCCGUCUGACUCGCCUUCCGCGGGGCCUGGCGUUUCUGACAGGGAUUCCGCCACAAGGUCCUGGAGUCAUGAAGAUCAUUGUAGUAUUAGCGAAGGAACUCCGCUCGUAGCAUCAAUGAAAACGGGAAACGAUAACAGUAUGAUUCGCGAGAAGAAGAAAACGGAGUUGACCGUAAUUUUGGGGGACACUAAAAUAAAUUCCCGUGAGUUAGGUGGAUAUUCUUCAAAGAAUGAAACGCCAUAUUUUGUCAGUAUCAGGAACUUAGAUAUUCAAAAUGAAAAUGCAGAAAAAAUGGAGAAUGGGAGUGAAUACAAUAAAAGCGAAAACGUGAAGGAUCCGGCUUCAAAAUACCGGCUCUCCGAUGUUGAAGAAGAGUAUGACCCCGCCAUUCUUGAGUCGACAGAAUCCUCGAAAGGUCGCAGUGUGGUCGGCACCUUCAAUUUCCUGGGGUCUGCGAAGUCCUCUUCCUUGGCGAACACGCCUUCCGAGGGACCAGAGAGCCUUGAUGACUCCUACGCCAGCCUGCAGGACGGGGUCACCGUGCUGGGGACAUACAACUUCGUGGGUACUGGCGUCCCCGCUGACGCCGGCGUCCUCAGGUGCGCAGAGCGGCCGGAGGAGAGCCCGGAACUGCCCUCGCUAACGGACUCCAUCAUCAGCCUCGAGGACGGCAAGCACCUGCUGGGCGUCUUUGACUUCACGAAGCCCAAGCACGAUCUCAGAACAGAGGCGCGGGCGAACAGGAGCGAAGGAAGAUCCUCGAGUGUUCAAUGCGAAUACAAGGACGCAGCGAGUGAGGAGAAGACUCCCGAUCCUGUAGUUCAAGAUACAGGACUCGAGGAGGAGGUAGACUGCGUCCAGGACCCAGAAUGGAAGGGCAAAUCAAACACGACAGAGGACUCUGUUUGCAUGCAGGACCGUAGGACCCUCUCCCACCACUGCGGAGGACGCCAGACCGAGUCAGGCGCCGCCAGUUCCAAACUCCGCCGUCAGCCAACAACAGAGUCCUCAAAAAUUCCCUUCCGUUGAGGCUGUGUGUCAGAGUCCUGCGCAAAGGGAGGAAGCGGAGGAUGGAGACCUCACGCAGGAGGACGCGGAGGCAGCGGGAGAGGCGAAGGACGUCUGCGUAGAGGCUGCUGCCGCCACCGACGACUCUCAAGCAGGUGUAGCAGCGCAUUCCCCGGUAGCACUAGCGGCGUGGGCGGGACAGAACCCAUGGUCAAGCCUGAAAGCUAAUGUAGCGACACAGAGAUGUAGACGGGAUUAGAGCGACACCAUCCUUCCUACACCACACAGUUUGACGCAGCGGACAUAAAAGAUGUGUGUAAAAUAGAGGUUUUGGUUCAUUGGACUGGCCGAGGCGCGUGAGAGAGAGAGAGGG